AUGGCCCCUCCGGCCCCGGCCGGCGCCCACCCCACCUCGGCCGAGCCGCUGUCCCGCAGCAUCUUCCGGAAGUUCUUGCUGAUGCUCUGCUCCCUGCUCACGUCCCUCUACGUCUUCUACUGCCUGGCCGAGCGCUGCCAGACCCUGUCGGGCCCCGUCGUGGGGCGGUCGGGCGGUGGCGCGGAGGCGGGGGCCCCGGGUCGCGGCGUCCCGGCGGGAGGCCCGGGGGACCCGGCGGCGUGGCCCGCGGCCGCGCGAAGGAAGCGCCUCCUGCAAGUGCAGCCGUGGCCGAGGCGCCGGCCGCCCGCGCCGCUGGAAGGCGGCGAGGUGGCGGCCUGGGAAGAGGAGCCCCCCGGCCUGGCGGGGAGUCCCGGCGGCUCCGGGGCCGGGAGCAGCGUGGCCGAGACGCCUCCGGGGACCCUGGCCCUGCUGCUGGACGAAGGCAGCAAGCAGCUGCCGCAGGCCAUCAUCAUCGGCGUGAAGAAGGGCGGCACGCGGGCGCUGCUCGAGUUCCUGCGCGUGCACCCCGACGUGCGCGCCGUGGGCGCCGAGCCCCACUUCUUCGACCGCAGCUACGACAAGGGCCUCGCCUGGUACCGGGACCUGAUGCCGAGGACCCUGGAGGGGCAGAUCACCAUGGAGAAGACGCCCAGCUACUUCGUGACGCGCGAGGCGCCCGCGCGCAUCUCGGCCAUGUCCAAGGACACCAAGCUCCUGGUGGUGGUGCGGGACCCGGUGACCAGGGCCGUGUCGGACUACACGCAGACGCUGUCCAAGCGGCCCGACAUCCCCAGCUUCGAGAGCCUGGCCUUCAGGAACCGGACGGCGGGCCUCGUGGACCGCGCGUGGAGCGCCAUCCAGAUCGGCCUGUACGCCGAGCACCUGCAGCGCUGGCUGCGCCACUUCCCCGCCCGCCAGCUGCUCUUCGUGAGCGGCGAGCGGCUGGUGCGCGACCCGGCCGGCGAGCUGGGCCGCGUGCAGGACUUCCUGGGCCUCAAGCGCAUCAUCUCCGACAAGCACUUCUACUUCAACCAGACCAAGGGCUUCCCCUGCCUCAAGAAGGCCGAGGGCAGCGGCCGCCCUCACUGCCUGGGCAAGACCAAGGGCAGGCCCCACCCCGAGAUCGACGGCCGCGUCCUGCGGCGGCUGCGCGACUUCUACCGGCCCUUCAACCGCAAGUUCUACCAGAUGACGGGCCACGACUUCGGCUGGGACGGAUAA